AUGCUACGGUACAUAUCAAACACCCCCAUUAUAAGAAGGGGUAUACGACAUUCUUUCAAAGGUUCAUUAGUAUUAUCGUUUAAAAAUAUACAUAAUUCAAGUAUAAAUAUACCUCAGUUUUCAGUCGAUGACUUUUUAAUAAAUGAAAGUUCUCUUGCUCAUGAUCAGUCCCAUGCAUCAGGUAAAGAGAACCUAAUUUCAACAGAAACAUUCAUUCUGCAAUUCAAUUCUAAAACCAAGAUUAAAGCGAUUGAGAACCAAAUUGAACGAUUAAUAGAAGAGAAAGAGUUCAAGACAAUAUGGCUGAUUGCAAACCUUAUGAAAGAAUACCGUAUACCUCCUUCAAAUAAACUAUACAUAAUAUUAUUAAAAGCUUGCUAUUUGAUGAAUAAACCUGAGGCUACAAGUCUUGCAACAAGAUUGUAUUAUGAAGUAAUGACACUAUAUGAAAUUAAGAAAGGAGAACAAAAGAUAACUCAAGAUGUUCAUAAUGGUUUAGCAUACUUUCUACUUGUAUCUUUUCAAUGUUGCGAUGAUUUUACAGAAUUAAUAACUUUGAAAUUGUUGUGGGAAAAUUACAUUAUUGAUAACGUUGAUAAACCAAUUUAUGAAUUGUUAUAUCAUUCGGCAUAUAUUAAUACUUUACUCAAUACAACUCAAAAUCAGAUCGCUAUUGAUCAUUUUGAAAAAACCUUCGAAGAGCUAACUCAAUUAGAUACAGUGGGAAAUUAUCAUCAAUUUGAUAGAUACGACUUGCUUCUGACUUUACCAACUAUCCGAAUUCUUGAUAUAAUGGCAUCUAACAAAGAUUGUGAAAGAUUGCAAAAAUGGCUUUUGAUAAUACACGAUGAACAACGAAUACAGUUCAACAAUAAGAGUAAUGAUUGUACAAUAAUCCUUAAUGAAAAUAAUUGGCUAAGGUAUCUAAAUGUUGGUCUUCUAAACAAUAGUUACGACUUGGUCAAGAGCAUAUACGACAAUUUUAUUAUGAGCGGUUUCAGUGAUGGUAUCUCGACGGAAGAUGUACUAUUUCGAAAAGACCCCACUAUAUCUAGCUCAUUUUCUGGGAACGUUGUUUUGGAUUCCGUCAAUGACGAAACAAUUUCUCAAAUUCUUCAUACAUUCGCAAUUAACGGUGAUGUAAACCUGACGCUUGCUUUAAUCGAGUCACAUUAUAUUCACAAGACAAUGAAAGGAGAAAAGGCUUUAACAAAAGAUCUAUGUCUCAAGAUUAUUGAAUCGUACUGCUAUCAUCCUGAUUUACAAAAUAAUUGGAGUGAGGAUGAAAUAAUAAUAUCGAAGAAUUCUAAUGACGAGAGUGUUAGGAGAGUUUUAGAUGUAUUGAACAGUUUCGUCGUAAAGUUUGAUACAGAUAAGAACAAUAAUAUCAGUUAUCGUGACAUAACCGAUGCUAUGUCUUUUAAAUUUGUUAAUUAUAAGGUUUACGAUAAGAAUAUAAUAAAAGCAAAACAUAAAGAAUUUGAAAUAUCUGAAAAGAUUAAGCAUCCAGAAGACCUUGAUAAGGUGCCAGGAUUGCCAAGAAAGAUCUCCAAUAAAAAUAUUGAAAGCUCUUAUCAAGGGAAUAUACUAGCAAAUCUUGAGACUUUGUCAAGAUUUAUCUUGGACCAUCUAGAAUAUUUGCGUGAGAAGAAUUAUUCUAAAUCAACAAUAAUCCUAUUCGUCAAUUGCAUUUUAAACCAUACCAAUCUAUAUCAGAAUUUUUCAGGAACAGUGAAAGCAUUAUCAACUAUACAUAAGAUUUAUCCAAAUAUGGUCACUGAUUACCUAAAUGAUGAUCUGAUCAAUAUCAUACUAAAUUCAUUAGCAAAUUCUAAUUCAGCUAAAAUCUCGUCAUUCCUUUUAUUUAAAUACUUGCAUAAGAAAAAAAACGUAACUCACGACCAUUAUAGAUGUUUCAUAUCUGCAAUAUUGAGAGGAGAUUUCCAUGACUGUUUACAAUUUUUUCUUUAUAAUUACUUGGUAGACUAUGGCGGUAUAAUAGAUCCAAAAAUCAUGCAAAUGCUUCAAAGCUUACCUUCAGAUGUUAUCCAAUCCAGUGCAAGCACCUCGUCUUUGUUAACAUUCAUACAAGAUAGAACUAAAAUCAAAUCAAACCAACAAGUUUCGAAUUAUCCAGUGAUUUCACUUGAUGAAAUUAAUGAGUUUUGGAGACUUAUGAAACUCUCUCAUCAGGAACCAUAUGUUGGAGACGCCAAUAUUGCUGAAUUUAAAAGAAUGUAUAACCAUUCUUUCGAUGUAAGAGAUGCCCAUUAUUUGUCUUACAUAUUUCAAUUGCCAGUUUAUGAUAGGGUUUCACUACAGUAA